CCCCUGCUUGUGUAGUAAUUGAACGCUUGUUCACCAAUCGGUUGUAAUGGAUGGAGGGUGAGAUAGGGGUUAUCGCGCCUGUUGGUCUUUCCUAGUGCAGAAUGUUGCACGGGGGGUCUGUUGCUUUGCCAGUCCCCGAGAUGGACAUUUGGAAUUACUGAGGAGGCAACGCGGCCAAUACGACUAAUUUCUUCGUUUUUACAGAAACGAUACGAGUAGAGCUCGGCUUGGACAUCAACACGCAAUACGAUCGCCCGGGUCGAUAAUUACAUUUUCGGCAAUUUUCAGGGGGAGGGGGGUUCCUUUUUAGAUGGGAAGUUCUAUGCUGGAAUAUUCUUUUUGAAAAGGAAAGGUUUGGAGAACAAACUGGAACGCUACUCCUGGACCAAGUGUAUUGAACGCGUGUGGAGAGGAUGGCGUUUUUCGUGUAGCUUACCGUGGUGUGGAAGUGACUCCGAGCUUUGUUGGAUCCUUAUGGUGUUGAUUAUUGAAUGUUUUCUACUUUGAAAACUUUAUCUAAGAAGAAACCAAAUUAAAGGCCAGCAUUGGAGGGGAAAUGGCCAGUGAAUUGAAACCACGGCUUUGUCUCAUGACAAAGAGUGAGUACGGGUAUGGGUUUCACUUGCACGGCGAGAAAGGAAAGAGCGGGCAGUACAUUCGCAAAGUGGAGCUCGCGUCGUCUGCGGAGGCGUCCGGACUGCGUGCGGGGGACCGUGUCAUCGAGGUGAACGGGGAAAAUGUGGAGAAGGAGACGCACCAUCAAGUUGUGCAGCGUAUCAAGGCGGUGGAGAACCAGACCCGGCUGCUGGUGGUGGACCGGGAGACAGACGAGUACCUCCGAAGCCUGCGCCUCGUCUGUACCGAGGAGAUGGCCGUCCACCUGGCGGGACCCGCCUCGGGGUGCCCCUCCUCACGCCCAGACUCGCCCUCCUCGCCCGCCGCCAAGAAGGAGAACGGCUCCGUGUCCAAGCCGCCCGCCGCACUGACCAGAGAGGUGCCCAAGCCCACGCGGCGGUCCCCGUCAAGGUCUGCUAAGAAGGUAGUCUUGGCACUUCCUCAGUUAUUUUCACCUUGUGUGUUUCAGGAGGCAUUAGCCCAGGCCCAUUCCCAGGUGACGGCGGCACCGGUUGACCCAUCAGACCUGCUCCCAAGACUGUGUCACCUGGUCCGGGCCGAGACGGGCUACGGCUUCAACCUGCACAGUGAAAAGUCUCGACCGGGCCAAUACAUCCGCUCCCUGGACCCAGGGUCACCAGCCGACCGCGCUGGACUCAGGCCGCAGGAUAGACUGAUAGAGGUGAAUGGGGUGAACAUUGAGGGAAUGCGCCAUGCAGAGGUAGUGGCUUUCAUAAAGAGCGGAGGGGAUGAGACCAGGCUGUUGGUGGUGGACCCGGACACAGACGAACACUUCAAGAAGAUGGCCGUCACCCCGUUGGUCAGUCAUGUCAAAGACUAUGCAGGUCCGUCCAUAUCCAAUGGCUCCCCCAGUCCUCAGGUCAACGGGAGCUCCACCACCCGCUCCAUCCAGUCCCAGAACUCGGACCUGAGCAGCCUGGACAACAGCAUGCAGCUGGGGGAGGACGAGUCAAGGCGUCUGGGGGACCCUUUCGCUGAGAUCGGCCUGCUACUGAGUCCCACGGCAGCGGAGGCGAAGGAGAAGGCCCACGCCAAGAGAGCCAAGAAGAGGGCCCCUCAGAUGGACUGGGACAAAAAACACGAGCUCUUCAGCAACUUCUGAAGUCCGUCGUCGGUCGGAAGUUGAUGGAGGAACUAAAUGUGUCAGUGUACUGGCUGGUAUAGAAUAGCAAUUUGUCUUUCAAUAUAAAGUAAUACCAGGCUCCUGCUGACACCACCGCAUUACUCCACCGUCAUCCUGUUUAAUGGGAGGAUACCAGAAUGACUGUUUCUCAGUAGCUUCUGAAACUGUCCUUCCGGCCACAAGUUCAAGCGGGACUCCAGCCCGGUUCUGUCUUGCUUUAGCAGCUGCUGCAAGCUUUUCUUAGCGACUAAUUCGAGCUUCCCCAAUAGACUGGAAGGAACAAUGAACUCGAGCCUAGAUCAAGAAGUCUACUUGUAACCCCCCCCCCCUUCUCUUCAGCCCUCCUAUUCGUCCUGUGUCUGUCCACAUAUCCCAAAGAGAGUGGGUUUGGCUCUGCAAAAUAGACUGCUGGACAGGAAUAAAGCUGUAAAAGAGUCAAGAUUUACAGCGUGUUUGUAAUUCUCCCAUCGUCUUCCCUUCUUUCCAUCAUCCCCCUUUCCCGAAAAGUUCCAUUCCCAUUAUUUUCUACCACUAAAUCCCACCUUCUCUCAGGACUGUCCUGGAGUGAGGAGGAAAGUUAUUUUUGUAUUUUCAAAAAAGGAAAAUAAACCAACCAUAAGAAAGUGUUAGCCAGCCCACCUAUAUGGAUUUCGGGAAUACAGACUGUGAGACUUUUGUCAGCACUGUGACCUGAUCUUUACCCCUGGGGUCUUUGUUGACCCUGUACGUCUGGAGAAGGGACAGACGCCCAGAUUGUUAUAUCUCAUCCUCCUUUGAUUCAAUUGUAUGAUCGAUGCAACUCAGAUUGAACUCAUUUAUUCACCAGAUAAAGCACAAAGUAGAAGCUUAAUAGCAUUGCUUCUGUAUCAUCUCUAAUUUUGUAUUCCUAUCUUUUCAUCUGUCGUCUAGUAAUUUCUGGCCGUGAACGUUUUUCUCCAAAUGUUGGAUAUGAACUGGUAUUCAUAUAUUAUGUGGUGUUUUACAUGCAUAGACAAUCCAAAGACUUACUCCAUCUUAUCCUUGUCCAUAUGAUAAAGCUUAUACUACAUUGAGCACAUACUCACAGACAGCUAUGACUCUUGAGCCUUUAGCCUGCUUUACUCAACUGUUUAUUUAAUGAAAAACGAUCAUAAAAACAUCCUCUUCAACAUCCUCUCCACUAUUAUGUUGGUGUAUAUACAAUAUAUGCCAUUUAAUAUUCAUAUCCCGAUAUCCUGAACACUAUUUGAAUUGGAAUACUCAUUGAAAAAUUGUGUUUCUAUGGGGCUAUUAGUGUUAUACCAGCCUGAUCAUCCAAGUCUGACCAAAUGAAUCAGGGCAUUAUGGCUAGGUGAGUAUUAUUGGAAUACGAUCAAAGGAACUUAAUGAAGACUGAAGCAGUUAGUCUGCUUAAACCAGAUGGGACGCAGUGCAGAUCAAUACAAAGUAAAAUAUCUGUUUGGAUUCCAUGCUAUGCUUUUCUGGGCAACUUUUUUUUACAUUGCCUGUUUAGUACACCAGGGGGUGCUAGUUACACACAGCAACCUGAAGCCACCAUACAACUGAAAGAUAGGUGAUGGUUAAAGUUUUAACUUUCACCCAAAAAAAAUUUUUUUAGCUUAAGGAUUCUUCUUUUGCUGAGUCUUUCAACCAGUAGUUCUGGAAAACAAAGGAGUUUUGGGAAACACAAGCAUGUUCUAAACCUAGUACAUCAAAGCCAUAGAAAUUAACAUUCUCUUUGGAUAUGACCAGUAGUAUGAUAUCUACUUAACACUUAUGUAAAGCCUUCAGUUAUAAAGUGCUAUUCCAAUCUAACAUUGACUUUGAGUGCUUUAUUAAACAUGAGCAUCUGUUGCUAGUUUAGAACAUUGACAAUGCUGUAUUACCAGUUAGAAAGAACCUCCAUCCAGGAGCACAAAUCCUUUGCUGAAAUAGAGAUACAAAUUCUAUUAACAACAUGGACAUUAUAAUUACAAUAUGGACAUUAUAAUAACAAUAUGGACAUUAUAAGCAACGAUGGCAUGUGAGCACAGAGGAUGAAUCUAUGAAGUCGUAUACCAUGCAGUGUUGAUGUGAUGUAAUGUUUUGCUAAGGUUAUGCUAAAGUGAAACGGACAUUGUUUUUUAACAGCUACUCGAGACUCACUUGUUUUUCCCGGUUUCGCAUAAGAGGGGAUGACACUUUCCUUAUUUUUGUAUAUAGUCUGUCAACAGAUCUCUGUGCAGUCUUGUCUAAAUCCAUGAUCAUUGUCAAGAGGUGUCACACAAUGAGAACAUAAGAGUCAGACAGCACAAACUAAACUGGGACCAGCCUUUAAUUCAGAGCCCUAACAUCUUGAAGUUGGUGUAAAAAAA